GCGGACCUGAUCCAGCCCCGCCCCGCGCCGGAGCCGAGCUGGGGGCCCGCCGGAGCUCAGCUUCAGCCCCAGCCAGAUUCGGCGUCGGCGUCAGCGGAGGCGGAACGGCAGACCCCGUGCCCUGGCGUCACUGGAGCCCUGGCCGGUGAAGGCAAGGUCUCUGGACUGGUCAGACAUCCCCUUGUGGCCCUGGCAGAAUCAACGUGAGGCCCUAUCAUGCCUCCUGAGUGAGGCCUGUAGCCUGAGCAGAUAGCAUGGCCUGCCACUGACAGUGAAAGCCAUGGCUGCAGGAGGUGGUCGGGCCUUUGCUUGGCAGGUGUUCCCCCCAAUGCCCACUUGCCGGGUAUAUGGCACAGUGGCGCACCAGGAUGGGCACUUGUUGGUGUUGGGGGGCUGUGGCCAGGCUGGACUGCCCCUGGACACUGCUGAGACACUGGAUAUGGCCUCACACACAUGGCUGGCACUGGCGCCCCUGCCCACUGCCCGGGCUGGCGCAGCUGCUGUGGUUCUGGGCAAGCAGGUGCUAGUGGUGGGUGGCGUGGAUGAGGUCCAGAGUCCAGUAGCUGCUGUGGAGGCCUUCCUGGCUGAUGAGGGCCGCUGGGAACGUCGGGCCACCCUCCCUCAAGCGGCCAUGGGGGUUGCAACUGUGGAGAGAGAUGGUAUGGUGUAUGCUCUGGGGGGAAUGGGCUCUGACACGGCCCCCCAGGCCCAGGUACGGGUAUAUGAGCCCCGCCGGGACUGCUGGCUUUCGCUACCCUCCAUGCCCACACCCUGCUACGGGGCCUCCACCUUCCUGCACGGGAACAAGAUCUAUGUCUUGGGGGGCCGCCAAGGCAAGCUCCCAGUGACUGCUUUUGAAGCCUUUGAUCUGGAGGCCUGUACCUGGACCCGGCACCCAAGCCUGCCUAGCCGCCGGGCCUUUGCUGGCUGCGCCAUGGCUGAAGGUAGUGUCUUUAGCCUGGGUGGCCUGCAGCAGCCUGGGCCCCACAAUUUCUACUCCCGCCCACACUUUGUCAACACUGUGGAGAUGUUUGACCUGGAACACGGGUCAUGGACCAAGCUGCCUCGAAGCCUGCGCAUGAGAGAUAAGAGGGCUGACUUUGUGGUUGGCUCCCUUGGGGGCCACGUUGUGGCCAUUGGGGGCCUUGGAAACCAGCCAUGCCCUCUGGGCUCCGUGGAGAGCUUCAGCCUUGCACGGCGGCGCUGGGAGGCACUGCCAGCCAUGCCCACAGCCCGCUGCUCCUGCUCUAGCCUACAGGCUGGGCCCCGGCUGUUUGUUAUUGGGGGUGUGGCCCAGGGUCCCAGUCAAGCUGUGGAGGCACUGUGUCUGCACGAUGGAGUCUGAAGGCCUGAAAAGACCUGCCUACCAGAGCAGCUCAGUGCCAGAGGCAGAUGUCUGUGGCUCCUUUUGCUGCCGAGGACACUCACUGUGGCUCUGGGAUGAGAGAGGCACAGGGGCAAGCACUUGAAACACUGCCUUGGGGACUUGGGUUAGGGGAGCCUUUGUCUUUAGUGCAGGACACACAUAUGCUUACCAUGUGUACCUACCUUUAUCACCAUGCAUUCAUGGGCCAUGCAUAGCUCCACCCUUGCCCUGGAUCCUACUAGGCCCUCUGUCCAGCUGGGAAGUGGGGAGAGGGGAGAGCUGCCCCACAGGGUCAGUGCCUAUCUGUAGUUGACCAGGCUUACCCCAGUGGCCAUUCCUGAAAAAUGCCAGCUGCCAACCUGCCUUGAGGGUCCCUGUUAGACCCAGGAGAAUUUAGAGAGGGUGAGGGACACAGAGGGAAUGGAGAGGAUUUGGGAACUGCCAGAGGGCCAGAGGAAUGCUGGUUUUGGGCCCUCUACACUGUUGGUUGUAUGACCUUGGGCAAGUCAUUUCACCUCUCUGUGCCUCAGCAUCCUCAUCUGUAAAUGGGGAUCUCUGAAACCUUACUGCCCUUCCUACCUCACAGGGCUGUUGUGAGGACCCAGGAACUUUGGAUGUGGAAGUAAAAGUGCUGCUAAAAUCUGG